AUGUUGGCAAGCGAUGCAGCAGAAAUCCAUACCGAAAAGGUAUAUAAGGUCCCUGACACCAAACUUGAAGAACAUGAUUUGAUCCCUCAAUCUCAAAUGACCAUACUGACCCAUCUCAGUAAUUCACAAGACGGUGAUGAUGACGGUUCUUGGGAGGUAGCAACCGAAGCAUUGAACCAUCAUUACGAUAAUUUCGUUAUUGAUAGCAGUGAAGAAAAAUCCAAUGAAAAGGUUAGCAAUGCCUUCGACGAAACGAUUACAGAUAAGUCAGAACUGAAAGAUGUUGAUAUAAGAAAUUACUUGCAAUAUACAGCAGCGAUGGUCAUGGGUGUGCCAUUGAAAGAUUUGGAUGAUCAUUCGGUGCCUCUGGUAAAAGUUGCAAUAAACGAAUCAACAUGUUUUGCGUUCACGAAGAAGAUCAAAGAUAUUCUUCCGAUCGGUAUCGACAUUCCGACUUCCUUCAUCAAUGAUCAUCCAAAUAUUGAUUCCAUCACUAAAUUCGUAAUGGAUAUCGCAAGCGGAAAUAAGCAACCAAAAGUUAAUGAUCACGAGAAGCAGAAGCAACAAAAUCAAUUGGCCAUAGAAGACAUUGUUGAUCGAUACACUCUUUACAUUAGAGAGAGUUAUACCCGUUCACCAAUUAUUAAUCAACGACAGAUUAACAACAAUUGUGAAAAGGUCUUUUUACUAACUGGCACGACAGGCUUUCUAGGUGCACAUAUUUUGCACACUCUAAUUAGUAAAACGUCAUCCCAGAUAUAUUGUUUACUCCAUAAGAAAAAAAACAGAACUCCGAAAUCAUCUCUAAAGCGUGUCUUCUUGCGUAACGGCUUCGAUACUUCUUUGAUAGAUUCAGACAGAUUAGUUACUCUCUGCUCGAAUCUUUCAGAACCUUUCCUGGGAUUGAGUGAGAAUGAGUAUGAGAUGCUGCUACACAAGGUUACCACCAUAAUACAUGGCGCCUCCUCAGCAAAACUUGGGGCACCUUUAUCUGUAUACGAAAAUUGCUUGCUGCGUGGAACUGCAAACUUACUGCUUUUUGGCGCUCGAAAAGAAUUUCAUUUCGUGUCAAGUAUUGAUGCUUGCGUUAAUGGACCCUGGGACCGUGUUCCAGAAGGGAUAUUACCUCUGAAGGCGUUGAUCACCAAUAUGGAUGGAUUCGGACUGUCAAAAUUGGCCAUCGAGACAAUCAUUACAAACACAUAUGAUCACCUGCAGCUAGAACGUGCAACUAUAAUAAGAACUGGGCAAAUUAUUUCACAUACGGAGACCGGUGUAUGGAAUCCCAACGAGUGGGUACCCUUGCUUCUUGGAAAUGCCGGAUUAACGGGAAGAAUGCCAAUACUUGAAACGAAUCUAGAUUGGAUUCCCGUGGAUAUUGCUGCAAGAGCUCUUGUGGAUUUGAUAACAUCAGAUGCAUUGUUUCGUAUAGAA